GGUGCCGGCUGUCGCCUUGUUGUUGUCUGAUGACUGUGAUGGUGGACAGGGGGGUUUGCGGAGUUUGGAGCUGCUGUGUUUCAUACGACAGCUCGCCUCCUUCCUGAGGUGUCCUUAUGCAAUGGCUUCAAGCCACAGUUCCUCACCAGUGCCUCAUUCCAGCAGCAGUGAUGGUGUCUUUAAGAAAGAGAGGGACUCUUCUGCAAAACACUAUAAGCUUGUCCGGUCACUACCCGAUGUUUGUCCAAAGGAGCCCACAGGGGGUGUGCGCAGCGUCUGUGAUGGCCCAUCUGUUGUAGCUGAUCAACACAGGUGGACUGUUUAUAACUCAAAAGUCAAUCUUCCGGCGGCAUUAAAUGAUCCGCGGCUGGCUAAAAGGGAAUCGGACUUCUUCACAAAAACAUGGGGUCUGGACUUCGUGGAAACUGAAGUUAUGCCUUCCUUCUACCUCCCAAAUAUCACAAAGGAACACUUUGCAUCCUACCUUCAAGAGACCACGCAGCGAGAAAAAAUCCAUGAAAAAUGCAAGAAUAUCUGUCCAACCAAGGAUGAACUUGGCGCAGUCUCCAAUCUUACAAAUAACCAUGAUAAGUCCAGGACAGACCUAGAGCAAGUACCCAAGAUUUUCUUGAAGCCAGACUUUGCCCUGGAUGACCCCUCAACGUUUAAUGCGGUUUUACCUUGGUCACAUUUCAGUGGUGCAGGGGGAAAGGGUAGCCGUGAUGUAGCCUCCUCACGGUUACUUCAAGAGAAGUUGAGCCACUACCUGGAUGUGGUGGAGGUGAAUAUUGCACACCAGAUCUCCUUACGCUCCGAAGCCUUCUUCCACGCAAUGACCUCUCAGCAUGAGCUGCAGGACUACCUCAGGAAAACCUCCCAGGCUGUUAAAGUGCUGCGGGAGAAAACGGCUCAGAUCGACAAGGUCAUGUGUGAGGGGUCCCUGCACAUACUGAGACAGGCGCUGACGCGCAACAACUGCGUCAAGCUUUACAACAAGAUGAAGCUUAUGGCCACUGUGCACCAGACUCAGCCCACUGUGCAGCUAUUGCUCUCCACCUCGGAGUUUGUGGGGGCUCUGGAGCUGAUUGCAACCACGCAGGAGGUGCUGCAGCAGGAGCUCCAGGGUAUUCACAGCUUCAGGCAUCUAGGCUCCCAGCUCUGUGAACUGGAAAAGCUAAUAGAUAAGAUGAUGAUAGCUGAUUUCACCACCUAUGCGAGAAGUGACCUCAACAGACCACUCGAAGAUGAAGGUCAAGUGUUGGAAAAGGAUAGGCUUGAGUCUUUGGUGUUUGGACUACUGAGGCAGAGAAAACUUGAUUUCUUAGAGAUCUACAGUGAAGAAAUGAUUAUUGCUGCAAAGAACACUGUUAAACAGUGUGUUGUCAGCACAGUAUCACAAAUUGAAGAAAUAGACACAGAAGUUGUUGUAAAGCUUGCAGAUCAGAUGAGGCUGAUGACUUUUCCACAGUGGUUUGAGCUUCUGAAAUACAUAUUUGCCAACUUUAUACUUUUUCUGAAAAGAAUAAAGGCAACGUUAAGUGUCAUCAGAAAUGUUGUCCUCAAAGUAUUAGAUGGGAACCAGAAGAGCAGGCUGUCUGACUGCACUUUGGCAGAGGGAAACCCAGGAAAAAAUUUCUCUAAGGACCCGGAAGUUGCUUACCUGACUUAUGAAGGCAGGUUUAUAAGCGAUGCUUUCGCUGAAGUGGAGCAGCCCAGCACUGGAGUUGACACCAAGAACCAAAGGACUUCCUGCCUUCGGAAUGAGCUGUGCGGUAGUGACUCUGCUUCAGAGCAGGAGUGCACCACAGAGUCCUCUUCCAGCAGGGAAAAAACAUCCUCCUCAGUUACUGCGGGUGGAGUGGAGAUACCGGUAAACGAGGACAUGAUGUUGACAGACCUUGAACUCGGCCGAGUGGCCAAUAAUAUUCAGGAGCUGCUGUACAACGCCUCUGAUGUGUGCCACGACCGCUGUGUCAAGUUCCUCAUGGCUAGAGCAAAGGAUGGGUCGUUGGAGAAGCUGAGCUCAUCUGAGUUUGUGGCAUUGUCGCAGGCUGUGGAGAGGUUCGUGCAGGAGACAGAGGAGCUCUGUGGCAGGAGGAGUAUGUCCCUCAGGGGGGCGCUGCAAAGCCAAGCCAACCGCUUUGUCAAUCGGUUCCACGAGGAGCGCAAAACCAAGCUGAGUCUUCUGCUUGAUAAUGAAAGGUGGAAGCAGGCUGAAGUUCCUGCAGAGUUUCAGGAUCUGGUUAACUCCAUUGCAGAUGGACGGAUAACAUUACCAGAUAAGAAACAAACUGGUGCAGAGGAGCGGAAACCAAGUGAUUACUUAAGUGUUGAUGGCCAGAAGUAUCCCGUUGUUGGGACUGUGUUACUGUUGAUAAGAAUUUUCCUCGAAUACUGCCAGUGUGUGAAUGACAUACCCUCCAUUACUACAGACAUGCUCAUUCGCCUGUCAGAUUUACUAAAGCAUUUCAACUCCCGGUGCUGCCAGUUGGUUCUAGGGGCAGGGGCUUUACAGGUGGUGGGUUUGAAGACAAUAACCACAAAAAACCUGGCUCUUGCAUCCCGCUGUUUGCAGCUAAUUGUACACUACAUUCCCAUCAUCAGGGCUCAUUUUGAAGCCAGGCUGCAGCCCAAACAGUACAGUAUUCUCAGGCACUUUGACCACAUCACCAAGGAUUAUAAUGACCAUAUAGCUGAAAUUUCAGCAAAACUUGUAGCAAUCAUGGAUAGCCUGUUUGAAAAAGUUCUGUCCAAGUAUGAAGUUAAGGCCCCAAUGCCUUCAACCUGUUUCCGAAAUGUGUGUAAACAGAUGGCCAAAAUGCAUGAAGCUAUAUAUGACCUUCUACCUGAAGAACAAACACAGAUGUUGUUCUUGAGGAUAAAUGCAAGCUUUAAACUCCAUCUGAAGAGGCAGCUAGCACGGAUCAAUGUAGUAAAUGAUGGAGGACCUCAACAUGGGCUGGUUAUGGUAGAUAUAGCUUUCUACACUGGGAAUGUCCAAGCACUGAAGACACUUGAAAACCUAGACUUAAACAUGGCAGAGAUAUGGGAACAAAAGAGGUGAUGGUGAUCAGGUGGAAGAGUGAAACUUGCUCUUUGCAUGUCAGGAUGUACUUUUAAUCUCAUGACCUUUGUGUCCUGCAACUGGAUUCCCAGCCAAGAGCCCUGCUGUAGCUGAGCCUGUUCGAGAAGGCUGAUGGUGCAGUGACAGGGGCAGUGCUCCACGGUCACAAUGGGAACUAAGCUAUCCUGUGACGUGUUAAGACUCUUUAGAAAGACUCAGGUUUCUCUGGUCCAAAUCCAUGCUUGGAUAUGGCUGUGACAUGGCUGAGGAUGUGCUGAAGAGCUGUCAUUAAGAAAAUGACACUGUGCAUCUGUACUGCUGUGACUUUAUCUCAUGUGCAACUGACUCAAAACAAAAUUGUGGUACAAUUUCUAACAGAAGCUUUUAAAUCCUACAAUAUGACUAUAGUAAAAUGAUUAUCUCAUAACUUAUUUUUUUACAGACCUUUCUAAAAUCUUACUUUUAGAUUUUGUUGCAUUUAAGAUGUAUGCGUUUAACUGAGCAAAGUUAAAAACGGACAAGGUGACAGACACCUGAAAUGGUUACUUAUGUGCACAUGUAAAAUAACCUGAUGUAAAUGUAAAAAUUGUUAAAUGAAACUCUUAUAUGAAAUUUGUAUAAAUACUAGAGUUUAUUUGAAGAUUUUCUGUGAUAAUUUGGUCAUGUACCUUCUGGUUUGGCAGAAGGACUUUUAUUUGCAGUAUCUGCUUAUUUAGUAGACAUUUUAAAGGAUGGAGUUUUAAGUGUAAUUUCUGCUUGCCUUUGUCUGCCCCUCUUUAUACUCUGACAUUGCAUUGGAGCAGCUGUAAAUACUUAGAUCCUCAAACCAAAUCAAAUACACAUCCUUUAAAAUCCACUCCUGUAGCCAAAUUUCUAACCUACCGUAUACUGUACAUGGCCCAGGUAUAUUUUCAUUGACACUUGUGACCUUAAUAUCUGGUAUAUCUGUCCCACUUUUUUUAGGUGGGUGUUUGAAAUUGUCUAGUAGGUAAAAAUGAUUUUUAAAUUUUAAGAUGUAUGGAAUAUAGCAUAUGACCAAAAGCCCUCACCUCAGAAAAAGCUGUCCCAGUGGAUCAUUGCAUAGUGUCUGAAGUACAAUCAGUGCAGUCUACAACACGAACAGACCUGUAACAGUGAAAAGGCCAGACAGCAAAGACCUGUCUGGCCUCCAGUGGAGAACAGAUACUGGUGCCUUGCUGUUGUGGGAUAGUACCACUUCCAACAUCACUGGCCAUGCAGUUAACCACUAGGUCAUGUCACUAAGCCCCAGAGACAACAGGACAUUUCUACAAAAAUCAUAGCCUCAUUUGUUGUACUUAUAAAAGCUCAUGUGGCAUGCUAACUGUAUAAGUACAGAUGCAAACUUGUAUCAAUGGUUCCAUGUUUUGACUAGUACCAAAAGAUGGAUAUACAAUAGGAGAGGGUAAAUCAUUAGGUGAAAUACAGACCUUUGCACAUCUGUUUACUCUCCCAUUUCCUUUGGUCAUAUGUGUAUGUUAGUGUAGUGAAAUACGAGUUCCCCCUGAAACAAGUAUCACCUAGGUUUAAGAAUACUGUCAUUCUGAAUAAUGAAGUUGGUAUUAGACAAAAGAAUGUCAUUCCUCAUCGUGUAUGAGGGGUUUUAUAUUAUCUUUGAGUGACAGUGCUGUUUAAUUAAUCAAUCAUUGCUAAAUAUAAAGUGCCUACUUUUAAGUAAAUAUCAAAGACUAUAUUGACUUCUUCCAACAGUAUAUUUCCUGUCUGAGUGCCUAACAGUUUGCCCUGUAGUAUGGAAUGAUCCCUAAUUGCUGCACUGGCAGGUACGAAACCUUUUAACAGCAUGCCUGAGUUUUAACUGUCCUGAAACCCAACAACUUUCUAAAUAAAACAUGGAAUUACCUUGUUCCUGUUUUGUAUCUUAAAGAAAUUUGUCUUUUACAUGUUUUGCGUGGAAGUAAACUGCUGACUUGGAUGAAGGUAAAAA